AUGGACAGCGAGAGGAAGAGGGAUCCAUCCACUAAAGAAAGGCACAUGGCUAGGCACUUUCACUGCGAGGAGGAAGCAGCACUCGCCUAUGACACUGCCGCCCUCUCCAUGCGUGGCUCUCUCGCUCGCACCAACUUUGUCUACUCCGACAACAACAUCCCUAUUCCCUCCUCCCCCUCCUCCUCCUCCUGCCAGCUUCCUCUCGACCAUGAAUUGCUACACGACUUCUCUGCCGGCCUCUUCCUUGUGAAUUCGCAUCAAAACAAAAACACAAUCAAUUAUUCUACUUUGAGACGAGUGGAUUCAACGAGGGUGAAUGAUGAUGACAGUGAUCAUCAGCAGCAGCAACAGCAGCAAAGUAUUAUUAUGCAUGGUGGUACUGGUACUGGUACUGGUACUGGUACUGGUACUGGUACUGGUACUGAAGUGGACUUGCCACCAUUGCCACCUGAUAUUUCGAGUUAUUAUUAUGAUGGUUCAAAGAGCGUCCAGCAGCAGCAGCAGCAGCAAACUUUCCGAGUUUUCUGUGGGGACUGGACUGGGUCUGGGUCGUAUUUGAGCGAGUUCUUGCAACAGCAAAGCACACUCCUUGGGAGGAUGGAGCCAGUUUCUGAUGGGUUAUCAUCAUCACCAUCUUCACUACCACUACUACUACCAGCUGAUGAAGCUCAUCAUGGUUUGACUUUGGCGGUUCUUCUUCUUCAUCCUCAUUUUCAUCCACAUACUUCUUCUGAUCUAAAUUGUUAA